ACCGGAAGUCGGCUCAACAAGACUUGCAAAAGAUCACGGCGCGAACGGAUGUUUUAGUUGGUUUUAUGAUUUGGGUUUAUUGCAAUGUUGACGUUAUCUAGUGUUAUAAAUAGUAAAAUAUAUAGAUGCUAUGAACACAUCAUCACGGGAUUUAAUCGGCUGAACAAAAUAUGAUGGAGGAUUUCUCCGGUUUGGCGCUGCCGCCUCUGUUCGGAGGGCACAUCCUGGAAGCAGAGCUGGAACCUGCUGGUGUCGAGUUAGGCCCAGGAGAGCAGGUGGAACUGGGCCCAGGAGACAGUGAGGUGUUGGAUGGAGUGCAUGAAGAUGAAGAAAAGAGAGCCCUUGAUAAACGGAAAUAUUUGGCUUUGAAUAAGAGGUGCAAAGAUAUUGAACAGGUAAAUCAGAAGAUUCUUGGUCGCCUACAACAAGUACAGAGAUUAUUACGGCGCAUGAGGAAAGAAAGACGGUUCCUGAUGAAAACUCUUGAUUCUCAUGGGGAUGAUUACAGGAAUUCUUACUUGACUAUACAUCUAGAGGAUGAGUCCACCGUCCCUCUAGAAUCAGCAACUGGACAGGAGGGGGACCGGAUUAAUGGUGCGUCUGGUUCUUCUGGUGCAGCACACCAUGGAGCCGGACCAAAGAAGAGGAGACAUCGCAUUCCAAAGCAGGAGAAGGAUAAAGACCCACAGACUGAGCCUGAUAUCCCAAUGUUGGAUGAAUCACCUUUUGGGGAAAUACCAAGUCCUACUCCCCUGUCUCACUGACAAGAGGUCCUCUCGCUAGAAUGUCUGAUUGUAAAGUUAAGAUGCCACUUAUUCAGCCAGGUUUUGUACUUGACUAGUGGCUACUUAUUCCAUUUGGU